GAUAAAGUGGCCAACACAUGGUGCAGCUUGAACGUCCUAAUAAAGAUUAAGACCAUCCUGUCCACUGAGACCCAGCUCUCCCUCAGGUAAUCCCCCUCUUCAUCUCUUUAUCUCUUUCUAUCACUCCAUCUCAUUCGUUUUCUUUCUGUCUCUCCUCUCUCUCGCUCUCUGAGAAGCCUCACAUUAGAGACACUGUUUUAUAGCAGAGUGAAAUUAAGAUUAUCCCUUGUAAUAAUAUGUGAGAGCAGCUUCUGAAUACUGAGCACUAUCAGCUGCUAUGGGCUUUUAUGGGCACUCUGACAACUAUUGGAAAUCUGCUGAUGAGAUUUCAGAUUUGGAAUGCCAAAAUAAACUAUUUGAACCAUUUCUGUUUGGGAAAAAGCAAGAUAGCUAACUUUUCUGUGGUGCCAUGAAAUGUUAUGGCAGUCAAAGCUUAUUCUCCCCUAAGGUCCUUAUGAAUGAGGAGAGGCUAUAGUCAGUCAUAGAACCCUUCUCUUUUCGUCAUGGUGGUGCGUGCUUGAAUAACCUGUUGGGCUAUAUUUAGUGGUGCUGUGUGCACUCUGAACAGGGUGGACACGUUUCUGCCAGACUGUUAAGACCAGGGAUUAACUGGGAAUUCUCUGACUGCAGCGUAUUUAAAACAAAUGAAAACACUAGAUAUUGUUGGUCAUGGGUGAAUAUUAUAAUAACUGUAUGUUUUGAGGGGAGGAGGGGUAUACCAGGCCAUAGAAAGAUGUAUCACUGGUCACCUUAUCGUUACAGUUGAUGUGAACUACUGUGUUGACUAUUUAUGUAUGUGGAAUACCACGAAAUAGUUCUCAACAACCCCAAAAAAUGAUCUGUGAACUGUACCCUAAAUCACCCUGACCCUCCAGCCCACUUCCAUAGCCCACCCAUCCAUUACCCCUCUAAGCACUCCUCUUGCCCCAUGUUGGGGGUCCUGUUGCCCCUUCUCCCCAGGGGCCCUUUAGGCCUUCAUGGGGCCCAUGACACAGCUGCCCUCACACCUCUUACUCAUGCGCUGCCCUACCUUACCCUAUCCCUACCCCUUCAGCCGGAGUGGAGGUACCCCUCUGGUCCACUCCCCUCUCACCCCUCCCUUCCUGUGUCUAUCCCCAGUAAGUGACAAUUGAAGGGUUAAACUAAUGCUUUGGGUGCCCUAAGCGGGCCAGUAUUUGAUACAGUUCCCACAUAGCUGGGGUCUUAUGGGUGGACCGUGCUGGGGUUAAAACGAGCCAGCAGCCGCACAGUUCGGUUUCACCAUGAGGUUUAGGUUUCUGGGCUGGGCCAUUCACUAUUUGGUCAGAUUUAUCAUAGCACUGUUUCUAUGAACGAUGAUAGAUUACUUCAUUCUUCUCUGUUUUGUUUUCAGUUUGGCCGCCACUCUCCUGGCUACUGUCCUGGCUCUCCUACCUUCGUUUUCUGAUGUUUGAUUACAGAGAAUGAUGAUGUAACGCUAACCUGUGUAAACUGUCAUUUUAGGUCAAUUCCUCUCUGGCAUUCUUCUCCUUCUCCUUCCAAGUUCACGAAAAAUCUAUCCUCCUGCCUGCCUGAUGAAUAGAGGGGAGGAGUAGGGGUGUGUGUGCCUUCCUGCCUGCAUGCGGUUCCUAAUCAUAUACCUCACCAACCGCAGUGCAGUAUAUAAAAAGCAACAGGCAGCUGUAAGCGCUAGGCUAUCCAGGUUUUGCUGCACAGUGGGAUUUGGUUACAGAUUUUGUGAUCUAUUAAUCUAGAUCAGGCAGAUUGUUGCAUUAUUUAUUGAUUGAGUUAUAUCUCCCACCUGUCUGUCCCCGAAUCAAUCAGUAAUGCAUGUCCAGGGCUUAGGGAGGAACGCCGGGAUGUGGAGCAGAGGAGGGCGUUGUUUGUGGUCGAUCAAUUAUUGGGGCUAUAGGAAUGAGUGUAACUGGAUACGCAAAGAGUACUACUGAAAUUAUACAAUCAGGGAGUGAUGGGUUUCGUCCGAAAUGGCACCCUAAUCCCUAUAUAGUGCACUACUUUUGACCAAGGCCCAUAGGGUGUUUAUUGUUCAAUAAAGUGUGUAUAAUUUAGGGGUGUUUAACCCUUUCUCCUCUAAUACUUUCUGUCUGCCUCUAGGCCAGUCUGCCUGCUACUGAAUGACCUCCCUCUGCCAGCCAUCUGGUUUCUACAGGCCUCUAUGUUCAGGUGAGAAGCUACUGUAGGGGAACCACUGAUGGAGAAACUAUACUGGCCAAUAAUAGCAGACCAACAGACCAGGUUAAAGGUCAUAGGAGAGACUGUUCAAAAAGCAGAAGUACAAUCAUGUCCAUUAAAUGUAAAUCCUAAAAAUUAGCUGUUAGAAAACUCCUCAAAAAGAAUAGGAUGCUUUGUCAGAUGAAUGUUUGUGUUGAUAUUCUAAGAGUCAAGUAAAGAUAGAAAUGGAGUCAGUAUGAGGGGAGAGGUCAGAGGGGAGAGGGAGUGAAGCUGACUAACUUUGACCAGCUGUCGUUAAAUUCUUCCGGCAGUACUAAUUGUUGUACGUGUGGUUUAGUAUAGGGAUAUCCGUGGAUUACACUGCAUAGCCAGCAUACCGCUCCUCUAAGCAUGUCUUGUAUACGGACAGCAAGUCAUUCUGUAUGUCUCCUCUAGUACAGUCUUACUGACAGGGCCUGCGUUGUGCAUCUCCACUCCACCCAUUGUUGAAGACAUACAUCUUUUGUUUGGGUAAAUUGAAGACAUAAUUGCAUAAUUUAGUCAAAUGGUUUCUUAAGCACAGUUAUUGUAAGAGCGUCUGAAUGCACUGGGUUUGUUGAAUUGGCGAAGUAUGUAUUUUUAAAAAAUGUAAUGGGUAUUUAUUUUGCCAUUGAAUAGAUGGGGUUUUGUUGGAUUUAAGUAGGCCCUACUACGGCUGUCUGAAUUGUAAACACAUGUCUUUAUGUGGCGUGGAAAGAGUUUAUUGGAUGGAGAUAUGUGUUUCUGAGAGACUACAUUGUUCUUGUACUCUCCCUCUCCCUCCCUCAUUCCCCCCCUCUGCAGUAUGCUGCCAUUGUUCCUGAAGGAUGGUCUGUUGGUGCCGUACGUGGUCACCUCCCUGGCCUUCCUGUUCGUCAGCAUAUACCUGCUUUCCGCCCUGGAGCAUUGCUCAGAUGAUCUGCGUCUGAGGCCCUACCACCGCCCUAUCUGCAUGCCCAGCAUGGACCUCAGAAGGGUCACCAAGUGGAAAGUAAGUGUGACCUAGUGGUUUAAACAAAUACCCUUUCACGUUGCACGUUUCACGUUACACUACCCCUAUGCCUGUCUGUGAUACAAGAAAAUACAACAGUAUUCAUUCAUCCAUUCAUAGCAAAAUAUUUAUCAGAUUGCAAAGCAAAAACAGAUAGCGUUCUUUACCAGGCAGAUAGUUGCAAUGUUGUCUGUUUUAGUAGUGGGUAGGGCAAGGGUUGCCCAAUCUUUUCUUUACCAUACUUAAGUUACUUCAGAUAAGUAAAGAAUGUCCACAGCCACCUGGUAAGAAGAUUAGGUUUUUGUCACAGGAAUUUCAAAGUAAUUUCAGAAGGUUGUUGUCACUAACCACGUUUCCAUCCACAGUUUUUAUGCAAGUAAAGUCAUACCGUAUAAAAAAAAAUCACAGCAGCUGUGAUGGAAACAGGAAGUUUGGUGGGAUCUUUUUGUGUCGGUAAAAUAAAUAAUGUGCGAAAUGGCGGUGGAAACGCCUUUAUGCACAAAUAUUAAUAUGAUAACCAUCAUAUCGAAGGAAACUUGGAGUCACGCGAUGAUAUGGUGUGUAGUCCUCCCUCUACAACUUGGGAAAGCAUGCAGUUUAUUAGGCUACUAAUGAAAAUGUUACGAUGAACUUGAUGCUCCUUUCCAAUAAAUAUCAUGGAUCUUAUUCUGGUGACAUGAUGAUCGAUGCUUGACUACCUUUGACAAAUAAUCUCAUCAUGUAGACUAGCCUACCCACACUGUAUCUGCUAGCUGUUGGCUAGAGCGCACGUGCCAAGACCUGAGUAGGAACAUUUGCCAUUUAACUCAACAGUUUUUUUGACAAAACUAUUGGUACAGUGGAAACACAUUGAACUUUACAUUCUUAUUCGGUACAUGAAAAAUUCAGUGAAAAAGUACAUGUUGUCUGCACUACAUUAUCACGCACGGAUUUUUAUCCACAACAAGUUAGUUUGGUGGAAACACCACCGGUGGGAAAAUUCACAUAUUUUCUUUAUGCAGAUUUUUGAAUAUGCACAUGAAAAUCUGUCACCAAUUGGAUGGAAAACUAGCUACAGUAAUUUCAUAACCUGAAUUGCAUCAGCGUGAGAAGAUACAUAUCUCUCCAACUGUAUAAAUAAAUAUAAUGUGCCACUGUACUGUAAGCUGUGUAAGCUGCCUGGGAUGAAAGCCACUGCCAGGCCCCAAGUAUUAUUUAUCACUUAUUUAAGAUACAGUUGUCUGAAGUGGCUUCCUGGCCCUGCUCAGCUGUGCUGCUGCACCCUCCCCUCCCUUAGCGACAGACGGGGCUGUAUCCUAAAUGGUACCCUAUUCCCUAUAUAGUACACUACUUUUGACCAGGCCCCAUAGGGCUCUGGUAAAAAGUAGUGCACUGUAUAGGGAAUAGGAUGGGCCCUGGUCAAAAGUAGUGUACUAUAUAGGGAAUAGGGUGCCAUUUGGGAUUGGGACGUAGCCAUGGACACCGCUACUGGACGGCGCAGUGCGGUGUGGGAGAUCAUGAGAAGGAAGAGGUGUCUUUUUAUAGAGUCAUUAACACAGGUUUGCCUAGAUAUAUUUAUUUACCCAAGAGGCAUAAAUAAGGAGGCCCAGCAUUGGGGCUAGGGUUUAAUGGGGUGGGUCUCAUACGGAGGCGUUUACGCCACCUACCCUCACUGAUCCCUAGGUCCACAGGUCCCAAAUAGACAUGUUCAUGUUGAUCCUGCUACCAACACUCUGUUUGCAACAUAAAUGUCAGUUGUGAUGAGGGAGGGUCCUGUGAUGGGGGAUCGUCAUGCAAUGUCUCUUCAUUUUAUUUGUGAUUUUUAUCUUAACUACGUUGCAUAGUUAUUAUGACUAGGGCCAAUUCUAUUUCAAGACCAGGAACUUGAGGCCUAGAUUCAAUCAGAUUAAGCAUUAAACGGCGAUAGCCGAGACCCCCAUGGCUGAUGUUUUGAUAGUGUCGGAGCUGUCAAAUCUGUGAGCAGUUGCUCUUGUGAUCUGUCACGAAGACAUACCCGUCCCACUCUCGUUAGAGUCAGAACGAGAAAGUGUAGGCUAUAUAGAAAUAAUGACUCUCAAAUUGAAAGUCAUUAAAUGAAAUGAGGAAAUCUAUCAGCUUAAUUGAGUUGUAGAUUACAUCUCACAUUCCAGUGUUCGAACUGGAAUGGAGAUUUCUCUUAAUGCUACUUACUCCGUGCAGCCAAUGGCAAUGUCCGCUUUAAGUAUAAUGCCGGGAGCUGCUUGUAGAUUUGACCGCUCUAACGCAGUUCCACCUCCGACACCGCCAAAACAACCACUAUGCGGGUGUCGGCUAGCAUGGAUCUGAUAGAAUCUAACCCUUAAUUAAUCUAAAAUGUACAAUGUAAAAUGUAAUUAGGACAUUAUCAAUUUGAAUUGCAUGUCAAACUCAGUUUCUGAUUUGACUGGAAUUUAAAUCCAAAUGAGCCCAACACUGGGCUAUGAGUGGGCCUUGGCUUAGCUGUGAUGGCUUAACUCCCUUAGAAAAAGAAAAACCUGAAAAGUCUCUCUCCAUCUCUCUCUCCUCUCUCAAUCUCUCCUGCAGUUCUACAUCUCCAUCGUGGCCAUGGCUGGUUUGAGCUUUACGAGCAUGGCGCUGACCCCUCCGUCCAGGCUGCCUGAUGAUUUGUUUACCCUCCUGGUGUCAGUGUUCUCCUUCCACCAUUUCCUGCGCCUCCUCCUCUACUUCAACAAUGUCCAGAUUGCCGAGCCGCCUCCACCUGGGAGUAAGAAUCAGAAGAAAACUAACUGA